AUGGACCGUGACGUCGGCGGCGGCAGAGCCUCUCCGCGCCGGUCGACCGUAACAAUAAUUGGUGUGGGUCGACGGUCGGCGGGCGGAGGAGAGCAUCCGUCCGAAACAAAGAACCUCGGUCGACCGUCGUCGUUGCUGCUGCCGCCGCCUUACCCCUACCCCAUCCAUCAGCCGUCCAUGUCGGUCGGUCGGCCGGCAAUGUUGUCGCGUCUGCGAGCCGCCGCCGCCGCUAUUACGACAAAAGAAAAAAGCGCGUGA